CGGACUUAUAGAAAUUAAAUAACAGGUAGUUACCUCUUUUUUAAAAUCCAGUAACUUUUCAACAUGACUUCGAUCGGGAUCUGAAAUGGCUAUAAACUUGAGGUCACAGCUAUUUUCUUUUUAAUUUCAGAGAAGUCGAUACACCCCCUGAGCAAGAUGCAUCGAUUCUUCAUCCCCAAAGGAACAAAAUUUCUGCUAUCUCGUAGGGUAAUAUCCCUAGACUUAAAAUUAUCGAGACAACUCCAUAAUGUCUCCAGAAGUGUCUCAUGUUACCUACAAAACGCAACAUCAGCCUCAACAGCUCUCAGUUUUCCAGGGCCAAGGCAGAUAGUUCCAGUACACUCACAACCUAUAAGCCAGCGAGGAGCCCACACUAUCGAUUCACCAUCCUCAGCAGUCAUUCCAGAGCCGUACUCACCACCCACAUCAGGCAUCCUAUCCCGUCUGCCUAAAUCAUGGGUUCCCUACGGAGAGCUCAUCCGAAUCGAUAAACCCACAGGAACAUAUUAUCUAUUCUUCCCGUGCCUUUUCUCAACACUGAUGGCUGCUCCACUCGCCACCCCUAUCGCUACCCCGUUGUCCGUCGUCGGUACCGCUGCGCUCUUCUUCACCGGUGCCCUUGUCAUGCGUGGUGCCGGCUGCUCCAUCAACGACCUCUGGGACCAGAACUUAGACAAGCACGUAACACGGACGCGGCAUCGGCCCCUGGCACGGGGCGCCAUCACGCCUUUCAAAGCCCUAGCAUAUACAGGCGCGCAGCUCCUAACCGGCCUCGGGAUCUUGUUGCAAUUCCCGACCUCAUGUCUCUUCUAUGGUAUUCCUAGCUUAAUAUUCGUGGCUUCGUACCCUCUCGCCAAGCGCGUGACGUAUUAUCCGCAGUUCGUCCUGGGCCUGACAUUUUCCUGGGGCGCCAUCAUGGGUUUUCCUGCUCUGGGGGUAGAUUUAUUGUCAAAUAGUGCCGCCAUGAGUGCCGCUGCUCUGCUUUACGCAAGCAAUAUCUCCUGGACUAUACUCUAUGAUAUGAUCUACGCGCACAUGGACAUCAAGGAUGAUGCCAAAGCAGGUAUCAAGAGCAUUGCCCUCAAGCAUGAUGCUAAUACCAAGAAAAUCCUGUCCGGGUUAGCGGUCGUGCAGAUAGGUCUUCUUGGAGCCGCCGGCAUGACAGUAGGAGCCGGACCAGCUUUCUUCAUUGGGAGCUGCGGUGGCGCUGCUCUGACAUUAGGUUGGAUGAUAAAGAGAGUAAAUCUCAAAAACGUGAAGGACUGCUGGUGGUGGUUUGUCAAUGGAUGCUGGAUCACCGGAGGCGCGAUCAGUCUCGGUCUUGGAGUUGACUACCUGUUAAAAUACGCCGAAGGCGACAAGAUACAGUCUUUAGAGAAUUAGAUUUCAACCAUGAUGUACAAUUGUGUAUAUAACAGAACUAGGUGUCGGGCUUGGGAUAGAGGUCACUUAAGGUAGGUACCUACGGUAAUUAAAAAGAAUAUUAGGCACUC